AUGGUCACGUGUGGCCAUUUGCUACACGACAGGCGCCUUUCCCCCUCUUUUUUCCCUUCGUGAAACCCCAAUGGACACACACACACACACACACACACACACACACACACACACACACACACACACACACACACACACACACACACACACACACACACACACACACACACACACACACACACACACACACACACACUCCCACUCCCACUCAAACACACACACCACAGAAAGAUCUAAAAGCCAAACCACGCGCGUUGGACGAGAUGAAGAAGAUGUUGUUUCCACUCCUGCCGCCUCUUCUUCUGCUCUGCAUGCACUGUCCUGCCGGCGUGUCAGUGACCGUAAGCUCCAGAAAAGCCAAAGUGGAAAUCCACGAGCACACAGACGCUGUCCUGUCCUGCGAGUUCGGCACUGAGAAGGAUCCCAACCCUCGCAUCGAAUGGAAGAAGAAGGGAAACGCUGUUACUUUUGUUUACUUUAAUAACAAAUUUACUGGGUCCUACGCAGGCCGGGCCAAGAUGGAGGGAGCCACGCUGACCAUCCACUCAGUGAGUCAGAAAGACUCGGGAGAGUACCGCUGUGAGGUCACCGCCAGCCAGGACCACGUCAACUUUGGAGAGGUCACCGUCAACCUUCACGUUCUUGUGCCUCCUCACAUCCCUUCAUGCGAGGUUCCCCAGUCCGUGUUCGUGGGUUCGGACUUGGAGCUUCUGUGCAAAGACCAGCUGAGUGUCCCCCCCGCCAAGUACAGCUGGUACAAAGACAACAAGGUCCUGAUGUCCUCCAGCAACAUGGCGUACAGCAUGGACUCUCACAAAGGAACGCUGAAGUUGAAAAGUGUUUCCAAAGUGGACUCGGGGAUGUAUCGCUGUGAGUCCUCCAACAGUGUGGGGGCGCCCAAGAGCUGCGUGGCACAACAACUAAAAGUUAUCGACUAUCAAGCAGAUGCGGCCAUUUUGAUAGCCGGCGCUGCAACGUUUGUGGUUGUCACGCUGCUCUGCUGCAUCUGCGUCUGUGUUUGCUACCGUCGAGGAUGCUGCAACACAGAAGAGAAGAAGGCCAAAAGCAGCAAGUCCUACAGCCCUCCUCCUCCUCCGCCUCCCAUCCACAACCUCAUGAACUACAAACAAACUCAGUCUUUCAUGAUCUGAACGAUGUCCAAACAUCCAAAAUCCAACUUGUCUCACAGCUGGAAUGUUGUCGCCCUCGCUGGUAUUUUCUUCAAAGACCAAAACUCAGCCAAUUCUCGUCAAACCCUCGCUGGUUGCCGUACAGAUUUUGGGCAUUACAGAUGCUUCGACAAAUCGAAUGGAGCUCAAAAAGAACCGGCGUCCUCUGUAGUGGACGUUUGAUUUAUUUUGUCCUUGUUACACACAUUUUUGAAGAAGAUAAAAAAAAAAAAAAAAGUCCACUGCAGAGGACACUGGUUCUCAGGAUGAUAUAAGCUAAGCCAGUGGUUCUCAAACUUUUUUUCACCUCAGAAAAAUCUUGGCUCUCCAAGUACCACCAUAAUGACCAACAUUAAAACACAGUAGCGUAGUGGGCCUAACUAUUCAUUAAAAACCAGGCAGAUGUCUAUUUAAUAUUUUUUGACCACUGCAACAUUACACACAGUUCGGACAGUAACACCGUGUUUGAAUAUAGGAAAAAAAAAACACUGUACUUUAAUAAUUAAUCAAAUCAAAUAAUUAUUUUUUAAUGAAGUCAUUCUUUGGCGUACCACUAGAUGGAGCUCGUGCCACAGUUUGAGCUAAGCUAUCCGAACAAAACAUCUAGCAAAUGAGUGUACUAUAUAAUAAUAGGUCACAUUAACAAUGAAUUACUUGAAUCUUUAUAAUAAAAUGCUGAGGGAAAAAAGCAGACUGCACUGCAGGCUGAAAAUAGCCCUGGGCAUUGCCAGACAAGAUAACUAAAAAAAAGGGCUUUUUCUGUCUUUUUAAUUUUGUGCCUGCUUAGAAAAGUUUAAAAUCUUCCAGAAUUAUCCUUAUUAUUAUUAUUAUUAUUAUUAUUCCCCACCAUGUUCAGUCUAUGUUUGGAUACACAGAAGCAGGGGCGCCGCUAGGGAUUUUGGGCCCCAUUAAAAGAAUCUUUACAGGGCCCCCAACACAGUGUCAUUAUUUUUUCUGUAUUAUAAUUUCAUCAUCAUUAGGGGCCUCUCUGGGCCCCCCUCCAUCAUGGGCCCCUAGAAUCCGUCUCCUUUACCCCCCCUUUUCGGCGCCCCUGCACAGAAGCUUUAUUUUUCUCUCUACUGUGUUCAAAUACUCUAUUUUAUCAACGUGUGCAAAUGAGAGUUUUAGUGCUGCACUUACUCUCUUUGAGCUUUGUGUGUGUUUGUAUUUUAAAAAGCGUGAAGAAAUGAACGGGUGUCUGCCAACACUGAAUGAAAACAAAUGAAAUACUUCCAUUUAACCUGACAUUAUUUUUUAUUAUUUUAUUCCUUUACGAAAACCUAACAUGAUAAAGUUACACAAAAAGUGACACAUUUGUUCCUCACGACCAACUUUUUUUGUAAUUCAACUAUUUUUCAUUUCAUUCUGGACUACUGGUUUUGUCCACCAGAUAGAGCAAUUUUCCCCUUUUUAAAGCACACAGUAACAUUUGUAGUUUCAAUUUUACUGCAAGGGUGCCUUACUAGUCAAAUAAAUGUGAGUUAUUAUAGCAGAUUUUAAGUUAAAAAUAAACCCCAACUAACUAAACAGUGGAAUUAUGUAAAUAUAAUAAAGAAAAUAUCCUUCAUAUUAUACUUUAUAUUUCAAGCAGUAGUUAAAAAAAAAAAAAUGUCUUGUUUAAAGUGUAAAAAAUAUGAGGGUCAUAUUUUUACAGCAUUUUUUGACAAUUGGACAUUUUCUGUCUCAGGGGCCCCAAGUGUGAGAUUUUGUUUUAAAAUAAACACUGUUGAAAAAUUGGGUAGAAAUAAAAUGCAUGAACAUUGCCAAUAAUUGACCCAUCUCAGGGCCUAAUAAUAAUAAUAAUAAUAGUCACAAACUACUAAUAAUGCAUUUAAUGGAACUUUAUUUUUUUUUUUUCCAAUUGAAAAAGAGUGUAGAGUUAUACUGUCCCUAAAAGGGUUCAAGUCCCCUAAUAUAAAUAAUACUUUAUGUAUAUUUACGGAUUAAUUGUAGUUUUAAUAGAUUAACUCAAUUAAAAUGGAAUAAAUAUGUCUUAUUUUUACAGCAAUACAUUUAUUUGUCCUUUGGACCUUGAGUGUUCUUUUUAUUUUUUUAAAUCGGACAUCGUAAAAAAAAAAAGAAAAAAGAAUUGCAUGACAAUCAAUGUUACUGCUAAUAAUUCACCCAUCUCAAGGCCUAAUAUUAUUAAACAUAAGUAUAAUAAGCACAUAUAACCUAUUUUAUAGAACUUAAAAAUGUUUUCAAUUGAACUCUUAAAAGAGCAAAACCAAAGCAUUUGACUUGUAAAUGUUACGCCGCAUUAUUAAAAAAAAUAGCAUGCUUCCACGCCUACCUAGUAAGACUUACAUAUGUACAUAUUAUACUGCAUGUUGAAAUGAGUAUUUUUAUAUUUUAAUGCAACAAACGAGCAGACCACUGAGAUGAGGGCUGUAAUACUCGGCAUGGCCACUUGAGAGAAGCAUUGCGCUGUAAACAGCAGAAGGCCUUCGUGGUCUCCUUUGAAUGAUUUUGCAUGGAUGAUCAGUUUUGGUUUUGUUUGGCUUCGUGAUUCUUUGUUGUUGUCCACAUAAAAGUUUUGACAUGCACUUAUGUCUUGUAAUAUUUUUUUUUUUUUUUUUUUUUUUUUUUU